GGGUGAUUUUUGCCUUUGAAAGAUCACGUGGUUCACCGACCAUCGGGGCCUGCCGUGGGUUUCAGUCUACUGUAAUGCUCACAAUAAACCAGCAGGUGUCAGCAGAGAGCCUCCACUAAUCUGAUUACUGCUUCCUCCUUCUCAUCAGCUGACGCAGAAGGACGCUAGCGGGCGACAUGUCUGAGGCAAAGAAACUGACGUCCAGCCGCCGGCAUCAUCUGAAGAGUUUGAUGCUUCAGAUCGCCGCCAACUGGAUCGAACAGGAAGCCAAGGACAUCGAGGUGGCCAAGCAGGCCCACAUGGCCGAGAACUGCCCGCCCCCCAACCUCAGCGGUGACAUGGCCAGCAUGGUGGAAGUGUGCAAGAAGCUCCAAGCCGCUAUCGACAAGAUCGACGACGCCAGAUACGACAUUGAGGUGAAAGUUCAGAAAUCUGACAUUGAGAUCCAGGAUCUGAAACUGAAGGUGGUGGAGCUGGCGGGCGUCAAGAAGCCCGCCCUGAAGAAGGUGCGCAUGUCGGCCGACGCCAUGCUGCAAGCCCUGCUGGGGGGCAAGCACAAGACCACCAUCGACCUCAGGUCCAACCUCAAGCAGGUCAAGAAGGAAGUCAAAGAGGAGCCAACAGAGGCGGUGGGCGACUGGCGGAAGAACAUCGAGGACAAGGCAGACAGGAAGAAGAUGUUUGAGACUUCCUAAAAGAUGGAGGACGAGGAGGAAGAGGAGGAGGAGGAAGAAGAGGAC